UGCAUUGUGGUCCGCGUAGUUCCGGUGCGGCCUCGGCGGGCGGCGUCGGCGGGCGGCGAGAGGCCGCGGUUGGCCUUGUGGGAUCUGUAGUUCGGCGGCGGCCCGCGCCCGCUCUCCCCGCCGCCGGGGCCUGCCGCGGCCCCCCCCGGGAGGCCGGCCCGCCAUGCCGGGCUUCACCUGCUGCGUGCCUGGCUGCUACAACAACUCGCACCGCGACAAGGCGCUGCACUUCUACACCUUCCCCAAGGACGAGGAGCUGCGGCGCCUCUGGCUGAAGAACGUGUCCCGGGCGGGCGUCAGCGGCUGCUUCAGCACCUUCCAGCCCACCACCGGCCACCGCGUCUGCAGCGAGCACUUCCAGGGCGGCCGCAAGUCCUACCUGGUGCGGGUGCCCACCAUCUUCCCCCUGCGCGGCGCGGCCGAGGACGUGAAGCCCAUCGACCUGACGGUGCAGGUGGAGCUCGGGGCCGCGGCUGCAGCCGGGCCCGGCCCCGGGAGGCUGCCGGUGGCGGCGGCGGUAGGGGAGGAGGGUCCGGUGGAGGGCGGCCCCCCGGACCACUCGUACUCGCUGUCGUCGGGCACCACGUCGGAGGAGCUGCUGAGGAAGCUCAACGAGCAGCGCGACAUCAUCGCGCUGCUGGAGGUGAAGAUGAAGGAGAUGAAGGGCAGCAUCCGCCGCCUGCGCUUGGCCGAGGCCCAGCUCCGCGAGGAGAUCCGCGAGAAGGACCGCCUGCUCCACGCCGCCAGCGCCGGGGCCCGCAAACGCCACGGGCUCUGAGGGCGGGGGGCUCCCGGCCCGGCCCGGGGCUCCCCGACCCGGCGGGGCCCCGGGUGGACAGAGCGGAGAUGGGCCCGGCCGCGGCCCCGCUGCCCCGGGCUCCCGCUGCCCGCUUCCCCCCGCCCCGCCGCCGCCGAAGCCGCCCCCACGGAGCCCAGCCCGCGCCGUCGGAUCCGGCCGCUGCCGAGGAGCUGCCGAGCCCCGUUCUGAACACGGUGCUCCCCUGGAGCUACCGCUGCCUGUGCCGGGCCCUCCAGCAUCCCCCGUGGGGCUGGCAGCGGUGGAAAGAAAGUAUUUGGUGUGGUUUAGGGUAGAUGGGACCCCAUGUCACCACUAAGUGGACGUAGGGUAUCGGUUUUCAGCAAAUAAACUUGCUCCUGUGCUGUGUGAGGUAACAGGAACGCUACCCCCUGGAGAAGGCCUGUCUGAAAGCAUGGUUGGCACUAUACCCGUCAUAGGAAUGAACAACAAUGUUUUGCUUGGCCUCGCUUAGCAGAGGCACGAGGAAAGCUUUAGAAACCCUCUCAGGGUGCUGUGUUACUUCAGUAAAUUACUGAUGCCAUAAAAGACUGCCGUUUCUAGUGUGAAAGAAUCCCCAAAUUAAAGAGUGCUCUUGUACUACGUAGUUUUUGCUUUCUCUGCAGCGCAUACGUAUUUGUUACAGAUGUCUCGAUGCUCUCAACACUAGCAAGGAUUACGGUCUGGUACAAAGAACCUGGUGACAUUUGAUGGCUGUAGUUUAUCUCGUUGGUUUAAGAACUCCCUCUCGUGAAACAGAAGCUUUGUAACGUGUUGGAAUUUAAAACUUUGGCUUUCGUUCAGCGAACUGGGAUGAAGCAGAAGCCAAGCAAAUUUAUCUGCAGUGGUUGCAAACCCUUGCUGUCUAAUCCUAAACUAGUUGGCAUGACUAAUAAUCUGUACCUUAGGCAAGACCUUACUGAAAUGUGCUUGCGUGUUCUAAACCGAGAUGUAAGAGUAUUGUAACAAAUCGACGUGGAAUGACUGUGUAGUUUCUGUUUCUAGCCAGCGUUAGUCCCCUCACUUUCAGUGACAGGAAACCAAAUCAAAGUUGGCUAGAAAGCUGGUGGAGCAAGGGUAGCAAGGUUACUAGCUUGGCCUGAGCGCGGACUUCCAGCGGAACGGAUCCGGCAGUGCUUUCCAGGAGGAGGGCAUCUGGCGCGCCUCCGUGGCUCUGUCCCUGUGCGUGCUUAGGGGGCGGUGAUGUGUGUUGAAAACAAAAGGCAGUUCACCACAGUGUGCCCAUAAUUCCUUCUGAGGGAAUGCCCAGACGGCUUCUGGGGCUGUGAGAUCUUCCUCCUGUACUCAGAAUGUGUUACGCUCGGUAGGUCGGGAUGUCAAUUUUACUAAAUUUUAUAUAAGUAUUUUCUAAAUGUAAAAAGUAUCUUUAGUUUGAAAAUAUUGUAAUCUUUGUAACACUGGCUAACAUAGCUUUACAACUCUCCGUUUCAAUGCUCUCUGUAUGAGUGAACAAAAGGGCACAUUGGCAUUUGGCAGCUGGAGGUUUAUCUAUCGAUCAUGUAGCCAGUUCAGCGGAAGGCAUUGGUUGUCAGAGCCUGCUAUGUGAUGCAUGGGUCAUUUCGUUAUUAAUGUGUGUACUGAGUUGGAUGGUUGACCGUGAGGAUACUACAGGUCUAUUCAUGUACUAAGUAUUUCCCAUUAUUUCAUUUUAAUUUAUUUUCUCCCAUCUGAUAUGUAGCUCUAACUUCAGCUCUGUGGUGUACUGAUUUUCCUGCAAGUCAAGUAAGCGGCAAGGUUUUUUUUUGUUUGCUUUUUUCUUUUUUGUAGGGAAAGCAGAUACCUGCUCCACCAUCUGAUUUAGCAUACGUAAUUGGUCCAGCAGAUCUAUGCUCCCAUGAAGACAAUAGGCAGCACAACGUCUCUCCUUACAAACGAGACCAUUUGUGCAUCCUAGCUUCUUGAGAACGUGCGCGUUGUAACAGUCAUGGUACUUUUUUUUUUUACCAUUGGAAUGCACUUCAGGAUGUUCAGCCAUUUGGCCUGCUGGACUGGUUAACUGCUGGACUGUUUGACUUCUCCAGGUUACACUGAGGUGCUAACAUGCUUAAUUUUAAUAAAGUAUAUUUUGUUUUGUUAUGUU